AUGGCUUCUAUGAUUUCUUUCAAGGCUAUUUUCUGUUUUGCUGUUUGUUACCUCGCAACUUUGAGCUCUGGAGUAGGAUUGAUAGAAGAACUCAAAGUCGUCGAUGAGAAUACGAAUCUGAGGGAUUCCAACGUGGAGAGAGCAGUCGUUCCACUGGACUCGAAAUAUCUUCCUCGCGCCGAUACUGUCACCAUCACUGUCACGGAGACUAUCUGCGAACUUCCAAGCACGACUCUCUCAAAGCCUUCUACCACCAUUUGGAUCCCACCAGUUCCGACCAUGGCUACCACCGCUUCGAUGCCAACGUCUCAAACUAGCGUUUCCACGUCAGAACCUUCCACUACGUCGUCUGUAGUGCAGACGACUUCUCACCGUACCAGCUCGACUAGUAGCAGCGGUGCUUCUACCCCUCUUCCCAGCAGCAGUGAACCAUCAUACGCUCCUCCUCUGUCAGAUUCUGCCAAUGGUCAAGGGAAAAUACACUUUGCUCUGCUGGUAUGGAGCUUGGUGAUGACAGGUUUCAUGAACGUCUAG